AUGCGCAAGAUUCACCCCGCUUGGCUCGACAACCACAAGUCUGACAAGUCAUGCUGGGUCACCGUCGGCCGUACUGUCUACGACGUUACCAACUUCCUGGAAGACCACCCCGGAGGCGCUGAGCUUAUCCUCGAAUAUGGGGGUCAAGACGUGCAGAAAAUCAUGGAGGACGAGAUGAGUCACGAGCAUUCUGAUGCUGCGUGGAGUAUGAUGAACGAGUACAUCGUUGGAAAAUUGUGUGACGAUGAGUCGGUCGCACAUGACGAGGAGCUUAUUCCCGAGGCGAAGAAAGAGCUAGGGUUGGGAAAUGAGGAGGAGAUGGAGGUUCCGACGGAUUAUGAGGCGGAUUAUGCUAAGCAUAAGUUCAUUGACCUGAAGAAACCUAUGUUGGCACAAGUCUGGAAGGGGGGGUGGUCGAAUGAGUUUUAUCUCGAUCAGGUACACAGGCCCAGGCAUUAUGCCGGUGGUGCGAGUGCGCCGCUGUUCUCGUGGGCGUGGAUGGAGCCGUUGAGUUUGACGCCGUGGUGGGUUGUGCCGAUUGUGUGGAUUCCGGCUGUGUGUACGGUUUGGUGGUUGGGGUUGCAAGGUCUUGGAGACGUGAGGAUCGCGGCUGCGAUGUUCGUGUUGGGGACUGCGGUGUGGACGUUGAUCGAAUACGGUCUUCACCGUUUCCUCUUUCACUUGGAUGAGAUGAUGCCAGAGGGACGUGUGUUUAUCACCCUCCACUUCUUGCUUCACGGUAUCCACCACUUCCUCCCCCUCGACCGCAUGCGCCUCGUCAUGCCCCCCACCCUCCUCGCCCUCCUCGCUACCCCAAUCUACCACCUCGUCCACCUCAUCUUCCCCUACUACUUCGCCCUUUGCGGUUUCGCCGGCGGCCUCUUCGGUUACAUCUGUUAUGAUGUCACGCAUUACAUGCUCCACCACUCCAAGUUGCCGCAGUAUUGGAGGGAGCUGAAGGCGUAUCAUCUUGCGCAUCAUUUCCAGGAUUAUCAGAUGGGCUUUGGGGUUACGAGUAAGUUUUGGGAUCGGGUGUUUGGGACUGAGUUGGGUAUUAAGGGGAAGACUGCGUAA